UUCAGUUCGUACUCGCCGCUCAACGUAAAAUGUUGUGAGGCAUUUUACCGCCAACGGAAUAUCUAUAUUUUUUACCGAUUCCCCCGACUUUGGCCAUGGUUUUCCUUCUCAAGCUAUUGGCCCUCUUGGCAGUGGCCGCCAUUUCUAUCCAUAUGACCCUUGCCCUGGAGUUCAUGGAUGAGGGACACGAUGAGGGUCAUCAUUUCGAUGAGGAAUCCUCCGCGGAGGUGCCUGGAAUUUUAACUGGUUACACCAGAGAUACGAUCGCACAUUUCAAUCCCCGAAAGGCAGACGCUGGAUUUCGACAAUUAUGGGAACGUGUUCCCCUUCAAAAAGUGGAUGUGAUUAAGCGGAGAUAGAGGAACUUACUCAUAGCUACGUUUACUCACUCAAAGUCAUGAACAAAAACCAAUUACCUGAAAGGAACACCUAAAAAAUAAUGUGAAUAAUUCAUUACUAUUACUAUACUAUACUAUUUUUUUAAUGAAAGUGUAGAUUUGUUUAAAAAAUUAAACAUACUUUAAAAGUGAAACAUCUUAAAAAAACACUGACUUAUUGAUAUAAAUAAAUAAUGCAAUAAGGGCGACAUUAAAUAAAAAGUAUACAAAUAAAUGGAAAUCUAAACUAUUUCAACGCAA